AUGGAGAAUGAGCGUGCAAUAUUGUUAUAAUAUUGCACGUUGUCAAGACAACAUGACGGCACACUUCGGAGCUCAAACAAAGAUCCAAUGACAAAACUUUUCUGCUGCGCAUGCGCACAAUCAUUUCUUUGUUGGCCGGGAGAGAGAAGAUGGGGUUAAAUCAGUGUUCGGAUUAAGCACUAAAUAAAUAAACUAGUGCUGUCAAGCGAUUAAAAUAUUUAAUCGCGAUUAAUGUCGCGACUGUCAUAGUUAACUCGCGAUUAAUCGCAAUUUAAUCGCACAUUUUUGUCACAUGAAAAACCAUUGUAAUUCUCUUAUUAGCAUAAAAAAGUGAAUGGGCUUGCUUUGUACCAAUGUUUUUUGUUUGUUUUUUUAUUGCAGAGCAUAACACGUCUUGUCACAGCCACUGACAUCCAUAACUUCCAUAUUAGAUGAGAAAACCAAGGGAUGAAAAAUAAAGUGCAUAUCACUGUGAAAAUUAAAAAAUGUUUUAUUUUACUCUUCAUUAGUUUCUUUUGAAGAGAAGUAUUUGCCAUAAAAGAAGAAAAAAACAGAUAACAAAAAUAACAUUCAUCAUACGUUCAAAAACGUUCAUCAUAGUGUGGCACUGUAUUAUCUAAUUCUCACUGCUUAUAACUCUACACCUACCCGGUGGAGAUGAGCUGGGAGACUGAAGGAACAGUAUUGAAAAGUAUUUUUCCAGUCUCACCUGUGAAAGGUAAUCCCAUAUGAUCUCGUUUGGACGGUAAACCGGUUGGUACAGUUAAACGCAGCACAUGAAUGAGGCAUCUUUAUUCUCGGCUACUGUCUAGACGCUAUACCAGAGACGGCUGAAGAAUCUCCACUUUGCCCCAUCCAAUAUGGCGGCGAGGAUGUUUAUAUGUCUAUGCCUUUCUCCAUCACUCACACGUACUCUUAUUGAAGCAGUGCGCGACAAGCCUCAACAGGAACUACGGGUGACUCGCAGGGCCAAAUUAGAAUUUGCGUUAACGGCACUAUUUUUUUUGAUCGCGUUAACACGUUAUUAUCGCGUUAACUUUGACAGUACUAAAAUAAACUGAAACUAAAGAUGCGCUGAACACCCGUAAGGCUACCAAAACUUCAUUAGAUAUUCUUCACGUGUAUUUACAAGAGAAAAACAUACCAAUGGACAUAAAAAAAAAACCUGGACAAGAGACACGUCGGAGAUGUAAAACUUCCUCGCUAGCGAGUGACUGUGACAGUUUGUACACGAACAUGGCUGCGAGGUUUGCUUCGUUAAAAGCGGAAGAUUUAAAGUAAAAGACACGCUGAACUCCUGAAAGGCUACCAAAACUUCACUUGAUAUUCUUCAUGCAUAUUUGCGAAAGAAAAACAGACCAACGGACAUUGAAAAACUGGAAAAGAGAGCAAUAGCGGAAAUAUUGUCAAAGUUCUACUUGGAGGUGAGGAAAAGUGACGGAGACUUUUACAAGAGGACUUCACUCGUGGACUUCACUCAGCAAAGCCCUUUUGUUUUGAGCAACUGCAAUGUAACGAUUAACUACAACCAAAAGUAACUUUGAACUUGAACUGAUAACCUGUAUAUAGCUUGUAUAGAAGUUGGGUUGUUGUUCAGGCUUUUUGGACUUGUACCAUUUUUAUUGUUAGAACUUCUGACUUUGUACAUCUACACUGGAUUGACAGAACACUGAAUUACAUUCGAUCAGAAUCAGCAUUCAGUAUUGGACAUCAUGUACUCUUCUUCGCCUCUGUUCCUCAUCCUGUUGUUUACCUUUGAACUGUCAGUGCUGACCGUGCAGGCUGGACCUUGCCAGAGCUGCCGCAAACUCACCGAGAACUUCAUCAAGGGCCUGGAGCGAACAGCCAAUAAAAACUUUGGUGGUGGGAACACGGCUUGGGAAGAGGAGAAGCUGGCAAAAUAUGCUCGCAGCGAAACCCGCCUGCUGGAGAUCGUAGAGACAGCAUGUGAGAAAACUGACUUUGAAUGCAACAAACUGUUGGAACAGAUCGAGGACCAGGUUGAGACAUGGUGGUUCCACAGACAACAGGAAGCACCUGACUUGUUCGAGUGGUUGUGUAUCGAAGAGCUCCGACUUUGCUGCCCAGCAGGUCGCUUCGGACCAGAAUGUGCUGAAUGCCCUUCAGGUCCUGGUGGCGUGUGUGGAGGUCUUGGGCGGUGUGAAGGAGAGGGAACGCGCCUGGGAGACGGAGAGUGUGUGUGUGACCCUGGCUAUUCGGGCCCUCUGUGUCAGGACUGUGCAGAUGGAUAUUACAGAGAAAAGAGCUCCAAUCACUCGCGUCCGCCCUGCUCAGCUUGCUAUCACUCCUGUAAAAAGUGCUCUGGUCCACAAGACUACAAGUGUCUAGACUGCAAGCCGGGCUGGAUCCUUCAUGACAACAAGUGUGUGGAUGUGGAUGAGUGCGGCACUGAGUUGGCUCGCUGCUCGUCCAACACUUACUGUUUCAACACCGAUGGCUCGUACGAAUGCAGAGGUUGUGACCAGGCAUGUGUAGGAUGCAUGGGCAGUGGUCCCGCUCGCUGUAGGAAAUGCGCUCGAGGUUACAGACUGAUUGGAGCCAAGUGUCUCGACGUGGAUGAGUGUAAGGAGAAAGCAAUAGCAUGUCCAGGACUGAACGAAGCUUGUAUUAAUGAAGAGGGUUCAUUCCGGUGCGAGUGCGCAGAGGGCUUCAUACGUAGAGACAGCAUCUGUGUGGAGAACCUACCACUUUCCGAUCCAGAUAAAGGCUUAUUUGACGACAUGACAGAUGAUGAGGUGCUUGUCCUUCAGCAGAUGUUUUUCGGCGUGGUGAUCUGUGCGCUAGCGACCCUAGCCGCUAAAGGAGACAUGGUCUUCACCGCUAUCUUUAUUGGGGGCGUGGCUGCCAUGACUGGCUACUGGCUCUCAGAAAAGGGCGACCGCAUGCUGGAUGGUAUUCUCAAAGGACGUUAACCAGUCAGAAUCUCAGGAACUGGAAAGCAAGGACAGAACAGUGAAUGGUACACAACGACCUAAACUUGAAGAAGUGGGAGGGGCUGGGAGGUUGAACAGUGACCAAUCAGGGGAGAGGAGGGUUGAUUAUAGCAAUGUUGCUGCGUCAAGGGCUGGGAAAUUUAACGUUCAGACUAUGCUAUGAUUUGUACUUCACUCUUUUAUACGCACAGUACGAGUCCUCUGCUGUAAGAGACUUUACAUGGAGAAGUUUUUACUCCUGUUCAGGAUUAAGAUUUUAGAAAGGGACUGCACUAAAGCUUGGCACGGAAGAGAAUAUAUUUACCGCGUGCGUGUCUCAGAAGAAAGGACAGCCGUAUAUCAUAAAGCUGAAUCGUUCUCCUGUUUUGGUUUUGGCCUCGUACUUUAAGCAGCCUGCUCCUUUGACACUUUUUUUGUUUUGAGCAGUUUAGAUUAUGGAUGGAACGAUGGGGGGAGACAAAUUUUAAGCUCUCUGAUUAUAUUUAAGCAUUAUGAGCAAAAACCUGUGAAAUAUCAUUAUGAACUGUCCAUUUGUAUCUAAAAAAAAUGAAUAACAAUUAUGGAUAUUUCAGUUUCUUUUCAUGAUGUAGGAUUAUACCUGGAUACCAUCCCAUCCCUCAUUUAGACAAAGCAGAAAGAUGGGAAGAAAUCUUCUUUUGAGGAAGAUAAUACAAAUUAUUCUGUCCACAUUCACUGGAUAUCAGCAAUCGCACGCUCUGAUUGGCUACUCUACUACUAGGCUAUCAGCUCAUAUACCGUGAGUCAAGAAAAACAAAAUGGCAGCGCGUGUUGCUGAACCAACCGAAGACGAAAUAAAAAGUACUUGAAAACAAAACCCCCAAAAUAAAAAAAAGGCAACAAAAUAUGUAAAGAAAGUAUUUGAUGAUAAGAACGUAUCUUUUUUUUUUUUCCCCCUCAAGAAUUAUUUUAGCAUUUUUCACAAAUUGCUACAGUCAUUUCAUCGGUUUGCUUACAUUCUUCAUAGUGCUGUCAAGCGAUUAAAAUAUUUAAUCGCGAUUAAUGUCGCGACUAUCAUAGUUAACUCGCGAUUAAUCGCAAUUUAAUCGCACAUUUUUGUCACAUGAAAAACCAUUGUAAUUCUCUUAUCAGCAUAAAAAAGUGAAUGGGCUUGCUUUGUACCAAUGUUUUUUUUUUUUAUUGCAAAGCAUAACACGUCUUGACACAGGCACUGCAAAGUGAAACCUAAGCUGAGCACCGUGGCUCUUCAUCCUGAUGCGCGGGGCUAGCAAGAAAACCAUGAGUGAAGUGAUCUACUGCUUGAGUUAGUCUACAACUCUAAUCAGAGAGACAGGUUACACAGUGACGGUAGGCUUGACAUGCUUGAUUAUAAUAUAAAGUACACUAUUAUAUUAACUUUAAGUUGUUCAUUGAUAAAUAUUGCAUUGAAUCUGAUCUUUACUGUUUCAGCUCACUUAACACAUUUUGUACUUUUACACUUUCUGCCUGUUGAUGCGUCGCGCUGUCCAAUCAGAGGCGGCCAAAUUUGCAUAUUACAGGAAGGAUUUCUGGGAUAGCAUUGAGUUUACAGUUCAGAGGGAUCUGGCUUCUUUAGACGCUGUCUUCUUAAAACUGAAUAAAUAUUUAAAAAGAGCCAAAUGAGCCAGUCUUUUGAACGGCUCUUUUCAAAGAACGGAUCAUAAAGAUGCGGAUCCCAUCAAAGAGCCAUAAAUCCCAUCUCUACUAGAGCGCCCUGCCCGCGCUGGUUCUUUGGGGAGGAGGGCCGAGGACUCUGGGUGUGCGGGGCGUGGCAUUACAGUCUAGCUGCUAUCGUUUUUCUAAGCAAAGUCUCUGUUCCAAGUUCCUGGCAGUUUCAAAAGCUUAUGAAAAACCUACAUCAUGUCACAGAGCUUUAAUCUCGCGAUAAAAAAAUUAUCGCCGUUAAAAUUGAGUCAAGUUAACGCGUUAAUAACGCAACAUUUUUGACAGCACUAAGUCUUCAUCAUUAAAAUUUGUUCAGCUCUUUAAAAGCUCAAAGACGUUUGACAAUUACAGAACUGAAAUGUCAAAGGAAGAAUUAAAUAAACGUCUAAAUCUGUUCUCGACCUCGGCACGACAGCUCUACAAAAAACAACACUAAAGACAAUUCGUACAGCCAUCGAUAGGUUUUUAAGAAGUCCGCCUAAGCGGAAAUUAUUUUGUCGGACGUUCUGUAUAAAGUUUUAUUUAUCGAGUUUGCAAAAAUUAAAAAGAAAAAUGCUCUGUUUCUCAAAAUCCAGUGAAUGUAGAGAGAAUAAAACAAUUAUUCCACUCAAUCUCGUCGUACACGGCUUAUAGCCGACUCGGCGAUCAGCUUAUUAUUUACGACUCGAUUUUGUGGAAUAACUGUAUGAAGAUUUUUUUCUCCCCACUCCAUCCUAUACACAUUUUAAAAGAUGCAUGAACAAUUGACCAAGGAAGGAUAUUUAUACUGCGUGCUCUGAAAUGUCUUUAACUUACCUUAAUGCGAUUUAAUUUUUUUGUUGUUGAAUAAUUUCACUUUUUUUAAUUUAUCAAGCAGCAAG